CAUUUUUAGAUUAACUAAACCCUAGAUUUAGUUUAGUCUCGAGGGAGUGGAGGGACUACAGUUCGCAGAUAGACUGCGUCAGCCCUAUGACAAGCAAACAAGCUAUUGACGUUUUGCGCAUGCUCAUAUAGAGAGGGCGCUACAAGGAAAAGGUGCUAAAGACAAAGGACUAAACAACCCCAGGAAAAGAGGCGAAACAAUUAAUUUAACCAGGAUUAUGACAACCCUACUACAGUAUCGCAUGAAGCGAAAGCUGUUUUGUUAAGGAGUCGUCUGUCUACAUGUCACAGAGCCUCCUGUAUCAGGUCCCUCAUCGUUUCCACUGGAGCAAACUCGCAGUGGUGGAGCUGUGGUCCUCUGGGCUCUCUAGAAAUGGAAAGAACUCCUAAGCUCUCGUGACACUCAAAAAAAAAAAGUCACGAUGACACACAUCAGAAUGGAGGAAGUUGAUAAAAGAGACGCAUACUCUUGCUUCUCUUGCUAAUUUUUAUUUUUCCAUAGAUGACCCUUGUGGUUCAUUCUAUUUUUUAUAUUGAAGUAACUGGAAUAUCAAUGUCUACACACCCAACUUUUUGUCCACAUAAUUCAAUCCGGGCCUCCUCACUGAACUUGAACACUGUUUGUUUGCCAGCAGUUUUUAUUUUAUUUUCUUCCAAUCGUCCCUUUUGAAACAGCAGGUGUAGCUGAAGUGACCUGGCGCCCCUCAGUAUCACCCAGUAGACCCACCUCCCCCUUCCCUUGUCACACGCACGCCCCUACAGCAACUGAAAGGUUGCCAUGACGAUGGUAGUCGUGUCGGCGUAGCGACAGGGUGAUGGGGAGUGCUCCAUGUUCCGGGAGGGCGAGAGGAGGGCUGCAGGACCUGGGCUGUAUUCCAUGGAAGCUGAGCAAGCAGAAAGGGGUGGUGGCGCGGGGAGGGAUGGGAAGAGGGGUGGGGGGGGAGAGGUCAGACCUGGGAGAGCAUGCUCUCUCGACCCCUCCGGCCACGCCUCCACCGCCCAUCUACCACGAGAAGCAGCGGCGGGAGCUGUGUGCUCUGCACGCACUCAAUAACGUCUUCCAGGAUGGGGCAGCUUUCAGCAGGGAUACUCUCCAGGACAUCUACCAGAGACUUUCUCCCAGCACUCUGGUAACCCCCCACAAGAAGAGCAUGCUUGGAAAUGGGAACUAUGACGUGAAUGUCAUUAUGGCUGCUCUGCAGACCCGAGGAUACGAGGCUGUCUGGUGGGAUAAAAGAAGGGAUGUGGGCAGUAUUGCACUAUCCAACGUAACGGGCUUCAUCUUGAACGUCCCGUCCAAUCUGCGCUGGGGUCCGCUGCGCCUGUCACUCAAACGCCAGCACUGGAUAGGGGUGCGGGAGGUGGGCGGAGUCUAUUACAACCUCGACUCCAAACUACGUAGCCCACAUACCAUCGGAAACCCUGAUGAGCUCAGGAAGUUCCUGCGUUACCAGCUGAGAGGGAAAAAUGGUGAGCUCCUAUUGGUGGUGUCUGAGGAGGUGGAGGUCCACCAAACAUGGAGGUCAGAUGGCUGUUGAUUGAAUGUGCCCGGCAACCUUUUGUCUACCGGAAUAGACUUUUCCCAGUUGUUGCUCAGGAUAACAGGCAUGGUCCAAUCGGGACAGAUUGAAGAGCAGGUCGGGUUGUGUUCAGCCAAUCACACAGAUGCACACCGACCAGACAUACUUUUUUUUUCUCACACCCCCAUUGCUGGACUCUGGCUGAUGAGACCUGAAGCAACGAAGGAAAAAGAUGAAUACAGGGAGGUCAUGAAGAAAUCACGCUACACAACACUCAGAUUUCUAAACAUUAUGUUUGGUGUUUGGGAUUCUAAUGUGUUUUUAUAUAUAUUGAUGACUAUUUUUCCAUGUUACUUUUGAUUUUUUUUGUACGUUUCCAGUUUCCAAGUGUGAGAGGCAUGUGACUGUGUGUAAUACUACCCAUCUGUCACUCUUGCUCUUGCUAGCUCUCUCGCUCUCUCUCUGUCCUCGCUCUCUCUCUCUGUCCUCGCUCUCUCUCUCUGUCCUCGCUCUCUCUCUCUGUCCUCGCUCUCUCUCUCUGUCCUCGCUCUCUCUCUGUGUCCCCUCUCGCUCUCGUCCUCGCUCUCUCUCUCUGGCCCUCUCUCUCCUAUCUGUCGUGCUCUGCUCUACUGUGAUAGUGUACAUCUCUUCUUUACCUGUCUGUCUUCCUCUGAUCAUGUCACUGCUCACAAUUCUAUUUUUUUCACUCGGACAACACUAAAUCCCACUAAAUCCCGCCUUUUUUAAACGUUUGUACAAACACAGAGCUAAUGAUGACAGCAACCAAUGGAAUGCCAAGCACUCCAUAGUGUGUCUAUUGUGUACAUAGACUGUAAUAUAGUUGGUGAGAAGCACGUUUUCUCAAUAGCACAGGAGGACGUGUUUAUGUAGCUGUUUUAUCCUCUCAGUUGCUUCUGAGACCAUGCCUGUCUGUUAGUAGGAAACUCUGCUAGUUCAUGUCUUGAAAUUAGAAUUCCUCUUGGCUGAAGCCAUGUUAGGCCCAGGUAUUGACAAAUGGCUAUAUAAAUAAAGGUUAUAAUUAAUUAAUUAAUUGACAAAUGGCUAUAUAUUGUAUCAUGGUAGAGCCAGGAUUUGUUCUUGACCAUGCGGCCUGACCAAGAAAAGCCACAAACUUGUAUUAUAACCUAAUCAGGGCCCAGAGUUUUUUCUGGUUAGAUCAUGUGGUCAAGAAAAACUCCUGACCCUUAACAUGUGCGACUGACCAUGGAUAAAUGGUUGUCUGCAAAAAUCCACCAGCCAAAUAUACAGAAUUGUGGAAUUGGUACAAGUGCUAAUUAUAUCCAAGGUUUCCAGUUAUUCGCUGGAAAUGCACUGAUGUUAGAUUUUGAUCUAUCUGAAGAUGCCUUGGCUGUAAUGUCCACAAUGCUGAGUGUGUUGAAGGAAGUUGGUACGUUUUGAAAAGGAAAUUGGAGUCAGAGGGAAAAGGUUGACAGUUGAGGGAGUAAUGGAAAGAGAAAGUAUGUCUGAUGUGUAGAAGAGAAAGGGAAAGUUCGAAGAAACCUGUUAGUUUACAAAUUGAGAGUUUUUGACAGCUGUUUGAGAGAUUUGGUUGAUAGAUAUUUAUCAUCACAACAACAUAUUGUGAAUUAUUCAAGACUUGAUAAGGCCUUAACUUGUUUACAGAGGACACAGACAUUAUUGUCUACCAAAAUAGGGGUUGUUAAAUUUUGCACCUGGUGGGCUCAAUCCUAAAAGCUUUCCUAUUCAUCUGAGCAUCCAAUCACAUGGUUCAUUCAACUGAUAAUUUAAUCAUUUGCAACAGUCACUAAUCAUGAGACAAAACAAUGAGGUUGCUGGUCUGAGGAUGCCCCUAGGGGACUUCAGGUUGGGAAACCAAACUCACUGGUAGAAAAUCCCUUUCAAACCAGUAAGUAGUGACAUAGUGGAUUUAGCGUUUUGCCAUGACAAUCCCACCCACCUUCUCCCUUCUGUUAAAGGGUCCUGGUUGUGUUACUGUUUUCUCUUUUUUCACAGAAAUAAAAUGCCUGUAAUGGCACUUUAUAUGUA